AACACCGCCCACGUCGGUUUCCUUGAUACACAAAGCAUGCACACCCCCAUCGUAGCUAGCCGGUAGCAUUGACUAGCUAGCUAUAUAUUUGGGAGCGAAGAGGAUGGAAACCGUCGAGGGAAUGGAGGUGGAUGGCUGGGACUCCAGUCUGGAAGAAGAGCUGGGUGUUUCUUUGGAUGAGCUGAAAAAAUGGAUUGAAGAAGCUGUGGAGAAGAGCGAGAUUGUGCAGAAGAAAAAGGCUCAGUUGUCAGAACUGAAGGAAUGGGUGGAGCAGAAAGAGGAAGAGAAGGCCGAGACAGAGAAGCUUCUCAAUGAUGCCAACCAAUCUGUAUUGGAGUGUGAGAAGCUGGUGAAGGCAACUUACAGAAAAAACGGUCUCGUCUACCAAGAGAGCAGCUCAGAGGAUGAGGGAGGUGGAGGAGCCGUGUUGUCCUCUGAAGUCAUUGAGAUAGACGACGAUGAUGAUGAUGAUGUCAUUGCUGUCGGCUGUUUGGUUCCUCCAAAGAAGCCUCUAACUCCAGGGAGAGAUCCAACGUUAAAGGAUGCUUCUACAGCGCUGCAGAAAAGCUCCCAGCAGGUGCAGAAAUUGGUCCAAAUGGUCAACAAGCCAUCACCAGCUGUUCCAUUGCUCCGACCGCCAGCACAGCCUUCGGCUCAGUCAGGUAUUCACAGCUCAACACCUGCCGUGUUUGUAUCCCAAAUAACAUCUCAGUCACUGGCCCAGCCGAACCCUAACAUGCCAGAGGAUGAGCUCAGAGUCGGGAUGAGCAUUCUGGGAAAGAAACGCACCAAAACGUGGCACAAAGGCAACCUCGUCGCUAUCAACCCGGUUGGAAAUGGUAUAUUCAAGUAUAAAGUGAAAUUUGAUAAAGGCAAGAGUCUGCUGUCUGGAAAUCAUGUGGCUUUUGACUAUAACCCCACUCUGGAGAGUCUGUAUGUCGGUGCUCGUGUGGUCGCCAAGUACAAGGAUGGAAACCUGGUGUGGCUCUAUGCUGGAAUAGUAGCAGAAAUGCCCAACAACAAAAACCGCAUGAGGUUUCUGAUCUUCUUUGAUGAUGGCUAUGCUUCAUAUGUGACACUACCUGAGCUCUACCCAGUUUGCCGACCACUAAGGCGUACUUGGGAGGACAUAGAGGAUGCAUCAUGUCGAGACUUUAUCGAGGAAUACAUAACCGCAUAUCCCAGUAGGCCAAUGGUGCUCCUAAAGGUUGGCCAGAUAAUCAAGACAGAGUGGGAGGGAACGUGGUGGAAGAGCAAAGUGGAGGAGGUGGAUGGCAGCUUGGUCAAGAUUCUCUUCUUGGAUGAUAAGAGAAGUGAGUGGAUCUACAGAGGCUCCACCAGGCUCGAGCCGAUGUUCAAUCUGAAGAUGACCACAGCCAACACCCAGAAGCAAGCUGGCCAGCAGAGGACAAGACCUAGCAUGGGGGCAUUGAGGAGCAAAGGCCCAGUAGUUCAGUACACCAGUGACGGACAUGUUGGUGCGUCUCCCGUCAAAGCACCGCAGCCCUCGACCAGCCAGACUUCACCAGCAGCACAGCUUCAGCAGCGCCCACAGACCCUGCAGCCUCAACAAAGCUCUCAGCCCACGCUUCCAUCACAGCCACCUUCACAGAAUAAACAUCAGAUGGCCAAGAAGAGUACUUCUCCAUUUGUUCCUGGGGUGGGAGGCACCCAUGCCUCUAAGGUCUUGCAGUCUCUUUCAUCCACUAACAGCAACCUCUCAGGUGCAAGAGUGUUGAGUGCCCCAAAUACUGUGGCACCCACCUUUACACAAACGUAUCAGAGACAGAUGACCCCUCUAGCUCCAGCCCCUGCUCCUAUUACCCACGCAAUGGCCACCAUCCCACACCAGCCCUCGUACCGCGCCCCGACCGACCGCAUCUUCUACUUGGCGCACACGUGUCAGCCCGCCUGUCUGAAGCGCGUCCGACCCCCAACAACAAGCAUGCACAGAGGGAAGAACCCGCUCCUCACACCUUUGCUGUACGACUUCAGACGUAUGACGGGACGGCGCAAAGUCAACCGCAAGAUGUCUUUCCACGUGAUCUACAAGGCUCCAUGUGGACUCUGCCUGCGUAACAUGGCGGAGAUCCAGCAGUACCUCUUCCAGACGACCUGUGACUUUAUAUUCCUAGAGAUGUUCUGCCUGGACCCCUACGUGCUCGUCGAUCGUCCCUUCCAGCCACAAAGGCCGUUCUAUUACAUUCCAGACAUAACUGGAGGAAAAGAGGAUAUUCCACUUUCCUGCGUCAAUGAGAUCGAUUCCACUCCACCUCCUGCUGUAGCUUACAGUAAAGAGCGUAUUCCUGAAGGUGGAGUAAACAUCAACACCAGUGCAGACUUCUUAGUUGGCUGUGAUUGCACCGAUGGCUGUCAGGACAAGUCCAAAUGCUCUUGCCACCAGCUGACCCUUCAGGCUACAGCUUGCACACCAGGGGCACAGAUCAACCCAAAUGCAGGAUAUUCAUACAAACGAUUAGAGGAGUGCCUGCCCACAGGGAUCUAUGAGUGUAAUAAAAGAUGCAAAUGUAACCCUCAGAUGUGCACCAACCGGCUGGUGCAGCACGGCCUGCAGGUCCGUCUUCAACUCUUCAAGACCCAGAACAAAGGCUGGGGCAUCCGAUGUCUGGAUGAUGUGGCUAAGGGCUCAUUUGUGUGCAUUUAUGCUGGUAAAAUCUUGACAGAUGACUUUGCUGACAAAGAAGGUCUAGAGAUGGGUGAUGAGUAUUUUGCUAACUUGGACCACAUAGAGAGUGUGGAGAACUUCAAGGAGGGCUAUGAGAGCGAGGCUCACUGUUCAGACAGCGAAGGAAGUGGCGUUGAUGUAUCCAGGAUAAAAAUCCAGCCUUCUGCUUUAGUAUCUGCUAACACUGUGGGGCGACAGUCUAAGAAGACCCAAAUCUCGAGCUCAUCUGGCGACAGCAAUGACGAUGAGGACAAAGACUCUAAGAGUGAAGAUGAAAGCGAUAGUUCAGAUGACACAUUUGUGAAGGACAGCUACUACAGCUCCAGCUCUGUGUGGAGGAGUUACACCACACGUGGGCAGGUCAAAGGCAACAAGGAAGGGAGUCAAGAUAGUAAAGAUGGAAUGAGCGUCUCAGCCAGAACAGAUGAUGAUAAGCCACCAUCCAUGCCAGAGGAGACGGGAAAAAGUAAAGUGGCUUCCUGGCUAACGAGCCAGGGGCUCAAAAAGGAAGCUGGAGAUAAUAAGAGUCCAGUCAAGGCAGAAGUGGUGAAGAAGCAGGAUGUGAUGACUCUGUCUGACAGUGAUGAUGUUCAGACCAUCAGCUCAGGAUCUGAAGACAACAAGGAGAAAGAGAAAGCCACGCCAGGUGUGACUAAAAAGCAGGUGGCUGUGAAGUCUACUCGUGGCAUUGCCCUGAAAAACAGCCACGGGAUGAUGGUAAAAACAGGUGGACCUGGAGGCGGAGGGCCUGGAGGAGGUAAAGCUGGACAGCAGGGGCAGACGGGAGGAGGUGGAGACAACACUCCCACAAAAAACACCCGCCAGUUCUUUGAUGGUGAAGAGUCCUGCUACAUCAUUGAUGCCAAAUUGGAAGGAAACCUCGGCCGUUACCUCAACCACAGCUGCAGUCCAAACCUUUUUGUCCAAAAUGUGUUUGUAGACACACAUGACUUGAGGUUCCCCUGGGUGGCCUUCUUUGCCAGCAAGCGGAUCCGGGCCGGCACAGAGCUGACCUGGGACUAUAACUAUGAGGUGGGCAGCGUGGAGGGUAAGGUCCUGCUCUGCUGCUGCGGCUCCACCGAGUGCAGAGGAAGACUACUGUGAUCCAUGAGGAAGCUUAGACCCCAUCAACACUGUACCUGAGUUUGUUUUGUUUUGUUUUUGAAAUUUUACUUUUACAUUUUAUUACUGCUGCCUUUUUGGUUUUCUUUUAUAUGAGUAUGUUGAUUUGUCACGUUUUAUCCAUGACCUGUUCCUUUGCAUCUCAAUAAAAUAUACUUUCCUUGAAA